UGUGGCGGAGCCCGAGAUAAGGUACGCGACGCUGUGUUCGUUGUGUUUCGUGGUGGUUGCUGCUAAUGGAGGAAAUGUACGGGUUCUCAUCGUCCCCCAUGGAUUACUCCGACAAAGCCAUCAUGUCUCCGGAGAAUCUGAUUUUCCCCGCCGACUACCAGAGCUUCCUCAUGUCUUCCUCCGCCGCACAACCUGGCUUCCGUGAUCGGUUUCCCGUUUUAGGAUCCGACGAGUUGCUUUCUGCUGCCUCUACCGAAGUCGAAGCCUCCGUCGCUGCUCCUGAAUUUCGGCCACAAGAGGACGAUUCUUUCUCCAUCAUCAAAGCCAAAAUCGCAUCUCAUCCUCACUAUCCUCGUCUCAUUCAAGCUUACAUCGAUUGCCAGCAGGUUGGAGCACCUCCAGAAAUAGCAUGUUUGUUGGACGAAAUCCGGCGAGAAAACGACCUUAGCAGGAGGGACGUUGUUUCCACGUGCUUUGGAGACGACCCCGAGCUUGACGAGUUCAUGGAAACCUACUGCGACGUGCUGGUUAAGUAUAAAUCUGAUCUUGCUCGGCCUUUUGAUGAAGCAACUUCCUUCCUCAACAAGAUCGAAACCCAGCUCAGCGAUCUCUGUAGUGUUGCUUCCGUUCUAAGCCUUUCCGAUGAUGGGGGUGUGUCUUCGGAAGAAGAUUUCAGUACUGAAGGUGGAGACGCUCAGGAUGAUGGUCAAGCCAAGGAUGAAGACCAAGAGCUUAGGGAUAGGCUUUUACGUAAGUUUGGGAAUCGUAUUGGCUCUUUGAAGUUGGAGUUCUCAAAGAAGAAGAAGAAGGGUAAGCUGCCAAAAGAAGCCAGGCAAACACUGCUUGAGUGGUGGAAUGUUCACUACAAAUGGCCAUACCCAACGGAGUCUGACAAGAUUGCUCUGGCCAAGUCAACGGGUCUAGACCAUAAGCAAAUAAACAAUUGGUUUAUUAAUCAGAGAAAGCGCCACUGGAAGCCAUCUGAAAACAUGAGCUCGCAAUUUUCUGCCAUGGAUAAUCUUACUGGACGUUUCUUACCUGACGAAUAAUGAGGUGCACUUACAUGACAUUCUCAGAAAUGUAUAUCCUUAUAUGAACUGUUGAUUUCUAUC